GGCUUUUGCACUUUAGACUUGGCUGGCAGCACACGCGUGUGUAGACGCUUUCGAGGGCGUUAGCAUUCGUGCGUUAAAGUUGGCAAGAGGCUGCGGCGGCUCGCUGUCGCGCUAAACCACGAGCCAGCUUUGCAGCCUACCUAGCUCUCACUGGCAUUGCUCACGGUCGCGCACGCGGUCGCGCGGCGCAGCACCCGCGCGAGGGACGCGAACAACUAAAACAGCGCGAAUAUAUACACAGCGCGACGACGCCGCAUCUAUAGACAGCGCAAAAACAUAGACGCGUAACCAUGGCGCGCCGCUGGCUCCUGCUCUACGUCACCCUCCAAACGUGCCAUGGGCUGGCCGGCUUCGGCGCGAUGAAAAAAGCCUCAAAACCAAAAAAGAAGAAGAAGCGACCGCGGCCGAUGUCCGAAUGGAGGAAGCCGGGUAACGUCUUGCCGCGGACCGCCAGACCAGUACCUGAGUCGAUCAUGAGGCCCGAUUAUGCCAACAGCGGCACGCCGCGAGCGGUCGAUCUAAGACCGUCCUGGAUGAUCGAGGUCAAGUCGAAGAAGGAUAUCGAGAUGAUGCGGGCAGCGGGACGAUGCGCGCGGGAGGUCCUCGAUGCGACUGGAAGAGCCGUCAAACCUGGCGUCACGACUGAUGAAUUGGAUGCCGUAGCACAUGCAGCAACGAUAGAACGAGGCGCAUAUCCCUCGCCGCUCAACUACCACGGCUUCCCGAAGUCCAUAUGUACUUCUGUGAACGAAGUUAUAUGUCACGGCAUACCGGACGACAUACCUCUACGAGAGGGCGACGUCGUCAACGUCGACAUCACGGUCUACCUGAAUGGCUACCACGGCGACUGCAGCGAGAUGUUUUAUGUGGGGGAGGUUGAUGAUCGUAGUAAAAAGUUGGUGGAGGCGACCUACGACUGCUGGCAGGCGGCGAUCGAAGCGUGCAAACCGGGCGUGAACUACAAGCAACUAGGAGGGAUUAUUGAGGAAUCGAUAGCAGGUACGGGGUACAAAUCCGUGCAGCAGUUCUGCGGGCACGGCAUUGGCAAGCUGUUUCAUACGAAUCCCAAUGUACUACACUACAAAAAUAGCGAGCCGAACGGCGUCAUGGCCGUCGGCCACACCUUCACGAUCGAGCCGAUGAUCUGCGAAGGUACUAUUCAAAGCAAUUUGUGGGCUGACGACUGGACCGCGGUCACGAAGGAUGGCGGUCGGAGCGCGCAGUUCGAGCACACGCUCCUGAUUACGGAGGACGGCGUCGAGGCGCUCACGGGGAAGAUUGAGUCUUCGCCUCUGCAACCGUGGGAGGAAAGUAGGGGGGGCUGGAAGGUUAAGUGGCCGUCUAGUUGA